UGGUUCGCUCUUACUUGCUAUGUUAGUCAACAGUGUAUCGACAGAAGUGUAUUGACGUUAUUUGUAGAGCUCGAGAAAAUAUGAAGAACAUAUUAAUUUUGGUAUUACCUCUAUUUCUGAUUCAGUGCUACUCGCUGCCGAUCUUGAAAUAUAAAAGAGAUAUUGAUGGGACGAGCUUUGAAAUAGCUGUAGACGUUAGCAAACCUACAGCAGAAAACACAUCCGAGAUAAUAGAAAACGCUGAGCAGAAUAAAGAAGAGAAUAAUGCAAAACACAUGCCUACUGUAUACUAUGGUUUAGAAAGAAGAAACACUGAUGCCACUGACAUCGAAAUAUAUUCAGAUCAGAGCGACACCGCAACAGGGUACAUGCCUGGAGUGAUAGAAACCCCUGAGAAGUACGAAGAAAAACAUAAUGUAAAGCAUACCUCUUUACAUGUUGUGCAGUACAGCAAAAUAAGAGACGCUAAUGAGGAUAACAGCAAAACAUCUUCAAAGGACAAUGAGUCUACGGCAAAUAACGCACCACCUGAACCCGCAAAUGCUGAUGAUAAAUCUGUUAACAGUCGUAAAACGAUACGUAGUGCAAUUGACAAACGCUAUAUAGACUCUGAAGAGGAAGAAUACAGUUCAAUAUUUUCGGGGGAGCCAGUCGAUGAAAUAACUGAUAUACCUGUCAACAGUCGUGAAACGAUAAGUAGACAAACUCACAAACCAAACAAAAACUCUGAAGAGAAAUACAUGACUUCACUCUUUUCGGUGGAGUCAACCAAUGAACCAAUUGUUACAUCUGUUAGCAGUCAUAAAAUGAAACGUAGUCCAAUUGGCAAACCAGACAAAGACCCUAUAUUGGAAAAAGUCCUUUCAACAUCCACCGAGGAACCAAUCCAAACAACAACUGUUACAACUGAUAAAUCAGUCGUUACGACGACUGAAACUACAACAAAUAAAUCACCAAUAGUGACCGAAAAUGUUAAAGAAUUAGUUACCAAGACUUCUUCAUCCGAAAGUUCAACUACUGAAUCCUCGACGGAAUCUCCAGAUACGGAGGGACCGGAUAAAGACCGUCUAACAUCCACCGAGGCACCAAUCCAAACAACAACUGUUACAACUGAUAAACCAGUCGAUACGACGACUGAAACUACAACAAAUAAAUCACCAAUUGUGACCGAAAAUGUUAACGAAUUAGAUACCCAGACUUCUUCAUCCGAAAGUUCAACUACUGAAUCCUCGACGGAAUCUCCAGAUACGGAGGGACCGGAUAAAGACCGUCUAACAUCCACCGAGGAACCAAUCCAAACAACAACUGUUACAACUGAUAAAUCAGUCGUUACGACGACUGAAACUACAACAAAUAAAUCACCAAUAGUGACCGAAAAUGUUAAAGAAUUAGUUACCAAGACUUCUUCAUCCGAAAGUUCAACUACUGAAUCCUCGACGGAAUCUCCAGAUACGGAGGGACCGGAUAAAGACCGUCUAACAUCCACCGAGGCACCAAUCCAAACAACAACUGUUACAACUGAUAAACCAGUCGAUACGACGACUGAAACUACAACAAAUAAAUCACCAAUUGUGACCGAAAAUGUUAACGAAUUAGAUACCCAGACUUCUUCAUCCGAAAGUUCAACUACUGAAUCCUCGACGGAAUCUCCAGAUACGGAGGGACCGGAUAAAGACCGUCUAACAUCCACCGAGGAACCAAUCCAAACAACAACUGUUACAACUGAUAAAUCAGUCGUUACGACGACUGAAACUACAACAAAUAAAUCACCAAUUGUGACCGAAAAUGUUAAAGAAUUAGUUACCAAGACUUCUUCAUCCGAAAGUUCAACUACUGAAUCCUCGACGGAAUCUCCAGAUACGGAGGGACCGGAUAAAGACCGUCUAACAUCCACCGAGGCACCAAUCCAAAGAACAACUGUUACAACUGAUAAACCAGUCGAUACGACGACUGAAACUACAACAAAUAAAUCACCAAUUGUGACCGAAAAUGUUAACGAAUUAGAUACCCAGACUUCUUCAUCCGAUAGUUCAACUACUAAAUCCUCGACGGAAUCUCCAGAUACGGAGGGACCGGAUAAAGACCGUCUAACAUCCACCGAGGCACCAAUCCAAAGAACAACUGUUACAACUGAUAAACCAGUCGAUACGACGACUGAAACUACAACAAAUAAAUCACCAAUUGUGACCGAAAAUGUUAACGAAUUAGAUACCCAGACUUCUUCAUCCGAUAGUUCAACUACUAAAUCCUCGACGGAAUCUCCAGAUACGGAGGGACCGGAUAAAGACCGUCUAACAUCCACCGAGGCACCAAUCCAAAGAACAACUGUUACAACUGAUAAACCAGUCGAUACGACGACUGAAACUACAACAAAUAAAUCACCAAUUGUGACCGAAAAUGUUAACGAAUUAGAUACCCAGACUUCUUCAUCCGAUAGUUCAACUACUAAAUCCUCGACGGAAUCUCCAGAUACGGAGGGACCGGAUAAAGACCGUCUAACAUCCACCGAGGCACCAAUCCAAAGAACAACUGUUACAACUGAUAAAUCAGUCGUUACGACGACUGAAACUACAACAAAUAAAUCACCAAUUGUGACCGAAAAUGCUCAACAGGAAAAAACAACAGAUAAAUGUGAUGAACCUGUUGAAUCUAAUCAAGUAACUUCUGCCAAUGAUAUUAACUGUCAAUCAACUGUUGAGCCAGUAAGUGACACACAACAAGAGUCGUCAGCUGGCAGAGAAAAACAUGGAAUGUUUAAUACAUUUUUAAGCGUGGUAUGCGGUGCCUCAAACGUGUUGGGUUCUUGGAUGCGGUGUGUGGCAUACAAGAUAGCUGCUUAUAUCGGAAUAUGCAAGACCCAGCAAUAAAUUUCUUACUUAUGAUACAUAGAAAUUAAUUUAUUUCAAGUAUUC